AUGGCCAUCGCACCACCCAAUCGCACAACAACAACAACAAGCCAGCACUUUCUCACCGUCCCCACCUCCACCCACCUCUCCCCCACCACACCCAGCAUCACCUCCUCGCCGCUCUUCAGCGCACCCACCCACGACAUCGCCAUGCUCCACGAUAUCCACACGCUGCUUGACCGCAUCUUCGUCCGCAAUAGGAACCAGCACCGCCGCAGCACGUGGUGGAAAGCGCUGCAUGGCUUCCGCAAGCAGAUGGCGCUGCUGCUUGCAGAUCUGCAGGACAAACAAGUCCGCGAGGUGGAGCGCAGGCGGAAAGUCGAGGCGCGGCUAAGGGCUUGGGACGCAAAGGGUGAGGUGCAUGCAUGGUAUUUCCAAUUCAGUCAGUUAGUGGCCGUGGGCCCGUUCUCCAUGCUGGGCCUUGUGCUCGUCGCGUCCGUCGCGCGCGUCUGCCGCAUCACGGGUAUCACGGCCGUGUACGAGCAGAUUGCGUCGGCCGAAGUCAAGAGCGUGCUCGACGCAAGUAACGAGCUGGCGCUGGCCGGCAAGUAUGGCGCUGUGCUCGGGGAAGCCGAGGGAUGCGAUGAAGGCGUUGUUAUUGCGCGGGAAAACGAAGACGAGUGA